AUGGGUGAAAUGGAGAUGCAACUUGUUACUUCCUGGGGAAGUGUUGAGGAUGAAAUCAGCCAAUGCCUUUCUUGGACAAGUGUGAAUAGCUUCCUGACCACAGAAUACCAGGUGGACUCUCAGCCGCUUCGCCCGUGUGAGCUGCAGAGAGAAAGGGCUUUUCUGAAGCGAGCAGACUACAUUCCCCAGUGCUCAGAGGAUGGCAGCUUCCAGACCACCCAGUGCCAGAACAAUGGACGCUCCUGCUGGUGUGUGGACGCCGAUGGCAGCGAAGUGCCAGGCAGCAGGCAGCCUGGGCGGCCAGUGGCUUGUCUGUCGUUCUGUCAGCUGCAGAGGCAGCAGAUCUUGCUGAGCGGCUACCAUAACAGCACAGACACAUCCUACCUCCCUCAGUGUCUGGAUUCGGGUGACUACGCACCCGUGCAGUGUGACCUGCGGCGGGUGCAGUGCUGGUGUGUGGAUGCAGAAGGCAUGGAGGUGUACGGGACCCGCCAGCUGGGGAGGCCAAUCCGAUGUCCCAGGAGCUGUGAGAUAAGAAACCGCCGUCUUCUCCAUGGGGUGGGAGACAAGUCGCCACCGCAGUGCUCUGCAGAUGGAGAGUUCAUGCCCGCCCAGUGCAAAUUCGUCAAUACCACGGACAUGAUGGUUUUCGAUCUGGUCCACAGCUAUAACAGGUUUCCAGAGGCAUUUGUGACCUUCAGUUCCUUCCGGAGCAAGUUCCCCGAGGUGUCUGGAUAUUGCCACUGCGCUGACAGCCAAGGGCGGGAACUGGCUGAGACAGGUUUGGAGUUGUUACUGGAUGAAAUUUAUGACACCGUUUUUGCCGGCCUGGACUUCGCUGCCACCUUCACUGAAAGCACCCUGUACCGGAUAUUGCAGCGGCGGUUCCUAGCGGUGCAGUUAGUCGUUUCCGGCAGGUUCCGCUGCCCCACCAAAUGCGAAGUGGAGCGGUUUGCAGCAACCAGCUUUGGUCACCCUUAUAUUCCGAGCUGCCUCCGAAAUGGGGACUACCAGGCAGUGCAGUGCCAGACAGAAGGGCCAUGCUGGUGUGUGGACGCCCAGGGGAAGGAGAUCCAUGGAACUCGGCGGCAAGGGGAACUGCCAUCUUGUGCUUCAGACCAGUCCUGUGCCUCAGAGAGGCAGCAGGCCUUAGCCAGACUGUUCUUUGGGACCGCAGGCUACUUCAGCCAGCACGACUUGUUCUCUUCUCCCGAGGGAAGUUGGGCCUCUCGGAGAGUAGCCGGGUCUGCCACAUCCUGCCCCGCCACGAUCACGCAGCUCUUUGUUGACUCUGGGCUUCUCCACCUGUUGGUACAAGGGCAGGAUCAACAGUCUCCUUCCUCAGAAAGCCUCCUCAAAGAAGCCGUCAGGGUGCUUUUUCCCUCCCGAGAGCUGGCCCGUCUGGCCCUCCAGUUUACCACGAACCCGAAGCGACUUCAGCAAAACCUCUUUGGAGGGAAUUUUUUGGAGAACGUUGGCCAGUUUAACUUGUCCGGAGCCAUUGGCACAAGAGGCACAUUUAACUUCAGUCAGUUUUUUCAGCAGCUUGGGCUCCCUGGCUUCCAGAAUGGAGGAGGACUUGUAGAUCUAGCCAAGUCACUCGCCACGGAAUUGGAUUCAAAUUCCACCACAGAAACCCCCAAAGCUGCCCAGAAGACUGUUGCUGCAAAUAAGGCCAUUGUGGGCAGCUUUGGCUUGGAAGUCAAUUUACAAGAGAACAAGAAUGCCUUAAAAUCCCUUGCUUCUCUCCUAGACCUUCCAGAAUUCCUUCUCUUCUUGCAGUAUGCCAUUUCUGUGCCUGAAGAUGUAGCAAGGGAUUUAGGAGAUGUGAUGGAAAUGAUGCUCAGCUCCCGGCCCUGUGAACAGAUACCUGAAAGGCUUUUUGUACCAUCAUGCACGACAGAAGGAAGCUACAAGGAUGUCCAGUGCUUCGCUGGGGAGUGCUGGUGUGUAGAUUCCCAGGGAAAACCACUUCCUGGCUCGAGAGUCAGAGGUGGCCGGCCGAGGUGCCCCACGGAGUGUGAAAAGCAAAGGGCUCGCAUGCAAAGCCUUGCAGAUAGCCAGCCUGCUGGAUCCAGUUUAUUUGUCCCUUCUUGUACCAGUGAGGGAUAUUUCCUACCCGUCCAGUGCUUCAAUUCAGAGUGCUACUGUGUUGACGCUGAGGGUCAGGCCAUUCCUGGAACUCAAAGUACAACAGGCGAGGCCAAGCAAUGUCCCACCUCCUGUCAAUUACAGGCUGAGCAAGCUUUCUUGGGGACAGUGUGGGCCCUGCUCUCUAACUCCAGCGUGCUACCUACCCUUUCAAGCACCUAUAUUCCACAGUGCAGCGCCAAUGGGCAGUGGAGUCGAGUGCAAUGUGAUGGUCCUCCUGAGCAGGUCUUCGAGUGGUACGAGUGGUGGGAAGCUCAGAACAAGGAUGGCCAAGAGCUGACCCCUGCUGAGUUGCUCAUGAAGAUUAUGAGCUAUAGAGAAGCAGCCUCUGGAAACUUUCGUCUCUUUAUUCAAAGUCUGUAUGAGGCUGGCCAACAAGGCAUCUUCCCAGUGUUGACAAAAUACUCCUCCUUCCAAGAUGUCCCACUGACAGUGUUGGAAGGGAGUCUGUCCCAGCCUGGGGAAAACAUCCUCCUGGAGCCCUACCUCUUUUGGCAGAUCCUAAGUGGCCAGCUCAGCAGAUACCCAGGGUCCUACUCAGACUUCAGCACUCCCUUGGCACACUUUGACCUUCGGAGCUGCUGGUGUGUGGAUGCAGCUGGGCAAGAACUGGACGGAACAAGGGCAGAGCCAGGCAACGUCCCAGCAUGUCCUGGCUCCUGUGAGCAAGCGAAACGUCGUGUCCUACAGUUUACGAAGGAAACAGAAGAGAUUGUCUCAGCUUCCAACAGUUCUUGGUUCCCGUUGGGAGAGAGUUUCCUGGUGGCCAAGGGAAUCUGGCUGACUAACGAGGAGCUCAGCCUCCCCGCACUCUCCCCAACCCGGGAGGCUUUCUCGGAGAAGUUCUCCCGAGGCGGCGAUUAUGCCAUUCGCCUGGCCGCGCAGUCCGCUGUUGUCUUCUAUGAGAGACGCCGCCUGGCCCUGGGGGAUCUGGCCGGAGCACCCACCCUCUUGCGGUCUGGACCCUAUAUGCCGCAGUGUGAUGCAUCUGGAGGUUGGGAGCCUGUGCAGUGCCACGCCGGCACAGGGCACUGCUGGUGUGUGGAUGGGGAGGGAGAGUUCACCCCUGGCUCGCUGACUGCCCGCUCUCCACAGCUGCCCCAGUGCCCCACCACUUGUGAGAUGUCUCGAGCCAGUGGACUGCUUUCCAGCUGGAAACAGGCUGGCUCCCAGAAAAACCCAUCUCCCAAAGACUUGUUCAUCCCCACCUGCCUAGAGACAGGAGAGUAUGCCAGGCUGCAGGCGUCAGAAGCGGGCACGCAGUGUGUGGACCCAGCAUCCGGAGAAUGGGUGCCGCCCGACGCACGCAGCAGUGCCCAGUGCCCGAGUCUCUGCGAGGUGCUCAAGAGUGGAGUCCUCUCCAGGAGAGUCAGCCCAGGCUAUGUCCCAGCCUGUGGGGCAGAGGAUGGGGGCUUUUCCAUGGUGCAGUGUGACCCAGCCCAGGGCAGCUGCUGGUGUGUCAUGGGCAAUGGAGAGGAAGUGCCUGGGACCCGUGUGGCUGGGAGCCGGCCUGCCUGUGAGAGCCCACGUUGCCCACUUCCGUUCAACGUGACAGGCGUGGCUGCCGGAAUCAUCCUGUGUGGCACAGCCUUGGGCCCAGGGAAGGCUGCCGUCCAGCAGUGCCAGCUGCUCUGUCGCCGGGGCUACCACAGCGCGUUUCUGCUGGGGCCACUGGUGUGCAACCUGGAGACGGGACUCUGGGAGUCACAGCCACCCCCUCCUCGAGCCUGCCAGCGGCUGCAGCUGGGCCAGACCAUCCAGACGCAAGGACACUUCCAGCUCCAGCUCCCACCAGGCAAGAUGUGCAGUGCCGACUAUGCGGGCUUGCUGCGCGCUUUCCAGAUCUUCCUGCUGGACGAGCUGAUGGCCCGUGGCUUCUGCCACAUCCAGGUCAAGACUUCUGGGGCCCUGGUGUCCAUUCCUGUCUGCGACAACUCCUCCAUAGAGGUGGGAUGUGUGACUGGAGAGCGUUUGGGAGUGAAUGUCACGUGGAAAUUGCGACUCAAAGACAUCCCAUUGGCCUCCCUUCCUGUUUUGCAUGACAUUGAGAGGGCCUUAGUGGGCAAGGAUCUCCUCGGGCGCUUUGCAGAUCUGAUCCAAAGUGGUGCGUUCCAUCUUCAUCUGGAUUCCAAGACGUUCCCUGCAGACACUUCCCUCCGCUUUCUCCAAGGGGACCGCUUUGGCACCUCUCCCAGGACACGGAUUGGGUGCUUGGAAGGAUUUCACCGAGUUGCAGCCACCAGCAAGGACAGUCAGGACCCACUGGUGUGCGUUAAGUGUCCUGAAGGAAGCUAUUCUCAGGACGAGCAAUGCAUUCCUUGUCCUGUCGGAUUCUACCAAGAACAGGAAGGCAGCGUGGCCUGUGUACCAUGCUCAGCAGGCAGAACGACUUUUGCCCUUGGAGCUUUCAGCCAGAUGCACUGUGUCACUGACUGCCAGAGGAAUGUGCUAGGCCUGCAGUGUGACCAGGAUGGCCAGUAUCAAGCCAGCCAGAGGGACAGGGACAGUGGGAAGGCCUUCUGCGUGGACAGAGAGGGACAAAGGCUGCUGUGGUCAGAAACAGAGGACCCACUCACGGAUGCUCAGUGUCUGAUGAUGCAGAAGUUUGAGAAGGUUCCAGAAUCAAAGGUGAUCUUCAAUGCAGAUGUUUCUGUGAUGGUCAAGUCCAAAGUCCCUGGUUCUGAAUCCUCGCUGAUGCAGUGUCUAGCAGGUUGUGCAGAAGACGAGGCCUGCAGUUUCUUUGCAGUGUCCACGGCAGGAUCAGGGGUCUCAUGUGAUUUCUAUGCUUGGACAAGUGACCACUUUGCCUGCACAACUUCCGGUCAGGAGCAAAGCACACUGGGAAACCUGAAGGUCACCAGCUUUGGAAGCCUUUGGUGCCAGGUGAAAGUGAGGAACCGCGAUCAAGAUUCUCUGGCUGUGUAUUUGAAGAAGGGCCAAGAUUCUACCACAAGAAGUCAGAAAAGCUUUGAGCCAACUGGGUUCGAAAACACGCUGUCCGGAUUAUACAGCCCCGCCGUGUUCUCAGCCGCAGGAGCCAAUCUGACCGACGUCCAUCUCUUCUGUGUUCUUGCAUGUGACCAUGAUGUGUGCUGUGAUGGCUUUGUCCUCUCACAGUUCCCAGGAGGUCCCAUCAUCUGUGGGAUGCUGAGCUCCCCUGCCGUCUUGCUCUGCAAUGUUGAAGACUGGAUGGACUCUACUGAAGCCCAGGCUAAUGCUUCCUGUCCUGGGGUGUCAUAUGACCAAGGGAGCCGCCAGGUGACAUUGCGUCUGGGAGGCCAGGAGUUUAUUGGGAGUCUGACAGCCACAGAAGGAAUACAAGACCGCUUUACCAGUUUCCAGCAGGUUUACCUCUGGAAAGAUUCUGACAUGGGGUCUCGGCCUGAGUCUAUGGGAUGUAGAAGGGACGCGGUACCGAGGCCAGCAUCUCCAACAGAAGCAGAUUUGACAACAGAAUUAUUCUCACCUGUGGACCUAAGCCAGGUUAUUAUCAAUGAAAACCGAUCUCUGCCCAGCCAACAGCACUGGCUUUUCAAACACUUGUUUUCAGCCCAGCAGGCAAACCUGUGGUGCCUUUCUCGUUGUGCCCAGGAGCCCACCUUCUGUCAGCUUGCAGAGAUAACAGAGAAUGCAGUCCUGUACUUCACCUGCACCCUCUACCCAGAGGCCCAGGUGUGUGAUGAUGUCAUGGAGUCCAGUGCUGAGGGCUGCAGGCUUAUUAUGCCCCACAGACCAAAGGCCUUGUUCAGGAAGAAAGUUGUACUGAAAGAUAAAGUGAAGAACUUCUACACACGCCUGCUGUUCCGAAAACUGACAGGGAUUUCCAUCAGAAACAAAGUGCCCAUGUCUGAAAAAUCCAUUUCCAAUGGGUUCUUUGAAUGUGAACGAUUGUGUGAUGUGGACCCUUGCUGUGUCGGCUUUGGAUUUCUAAAUGUUUCCCAGUUAAAAGGAGGAAAGGUGACAUGCCUAACUCUGAACAGCUUGGGACUUCAGACAUGCAGUGAGGAAAGUGGAGGCUCCUGGCGUCUUCUGGACUGUGGCUCUCCCGACACUGAAGUUCGCACCUAUCCCUUUGGAUGGUACCAGAAGCCUGUUGCUCCAAAUAAAGGUCCCAGUUUCUGCCCUUCAGAUGUUCUGCCUUUGCUCACAGAGAAAGUUUCUCUGGACUCAUGGCAGUCUCUGGCCCUCUCUUCAGUGGCCAUUGACCCAACCAUCAGAAACUUUGAUGUUGCUCACAUCAGCACAAAUGCCAUCAGCAACUUCUCUGCUGCUCAAGACCUCUGCCUGUUGGAAUGUUCCCGUCACCAGGCCUGCCGUGUUACUACUCUUCAGACCCGACCUGGCGCUGUGAGGUGUAUGUUCUAUGCUGAUACCCAAAGCUGCACACAUAGCCUGCAGGGCCAGAACUGUCAACUUCUGCUCCGUGAAGAGGCCACUCACAUCUACCGGAAGCCAGGCGCGUCCCUGCCCAGUUUGGAGGGAUCCACACCUGUUGUGCCCAUUGCUACCCAUGGCCAGCUGCUGGGUAGGUCCCAGGCCAUCCAGGUUGGCACUUCCUGGAAGCAAGUGGACCAGUUUCUUGGAGUUCCAUAUGCAGCUCCACCCCUGGGAGAGAACCGCUUCCGGGCGCCAGAGCCCUCGAACUGGACAGGGUCCUGGGAUGCCACCAAGCCAAGGAUCAGCUGCUGGCAGCCUGGCUCCCAAGUACUCACAUCUCCCAGAGUCAGUGAAGAUUGCUUGUACCUCGAUGUGUUUGUCCCUGAGAAUGUGGCCCCAAAUGCAUCGGUACUGGUGUUCUUCCACAACUCCAUGGAGGCUGGGGGACGGGAAGGACAGCUAGCCAUCGACGGCUCCUUCCUGGCGGCUAUUGGCAACCUCAUUGUGGUCACUGCCAGCUACCGCGUGGGCGUCUUCGGCUUCCUGAGUUCUGGGUCCAGAGAGGUCAGUGGCAACUGGGGACUGCUGGACCAGGGGGCAGCUCUGACCUGGGUGCAGACUCACAUUGGAGCAUUUGGCGGGGACCCUCGGCGCGUGUCUCUGGCAGCACACCGUGGUGGGGCCGAUGUGGCCAGCAUCCACCUUCUCGUGACCAAGGCCACUGACUCCAGACUCUUCCAGAGGGCUGUGCUGAUGGGAGGCUCCGCACUCUCCCCAGCCGCUAUCAUCAGCCCAGAGAGGGCUCGACAGCAGGUGGUCACUUUGGCAAAGGAAGUCAGCUGCCCUACCACAUCCAGCCAAGAAGUGGUGUCCUGCCUCCGCCAGAAGCCUGCUGGCAUCCUCAAUGAUGCCCAGACCAAGCUCCUAGCCGUGAGCGGUCCUUUCCACUACUGGGGUCCAGUGGUCGAUGGCCAGUACCUCCGAGAGUCCCCAGCCAGAGCACUGCAGAGGUCUCCACGGGGGAAGGUGGAUCUGCUCAUCGGGAGUUCUCAGGACGAUGGGCUCAUCAACAGGGCAAAGGCUGUGAAGCAAUUUGAGGAAAGUCAAGGCCGGACCAGCAGCAAAACAGCCUUUUACCAGGCGCUGCAGAACUCCUUGGGCGGCGAGGACUCCGACCCACGCAUCCAGGCGGCCGCUGUGUGGUAUUACUCCCUGGAGCACUCCACGGACGACUAUGCCACCUUCUCCCGGGCCCUGGAGAAUGCCACUCGGGACUACUUCAUCACCUGCCCUGUGAUUGACAUGGCCAGCCUCUGGUCACAGACGGCCCGAGGAAACGUCUUCAUGUACCAUGCUCCCGAAAACUACGGCCAUGGCAGCCUGAACUUGCUGACAGAUGUGCAAUACGCCUUUGGGCUGCCCUUCUACCCUGCCUAUAAGGGGCAGUUUUCUCUGGAGGAGAAAAGCCUGUCUCUGAAAAUCAUGCAGUACUUUUCCAACUUCAUCAGAUCAGGAAACCCCAACUACCCUUAUGAGUUCUCAAGGAAAGCACCUGCAUUUGCAGCACCCUGGCCUGACUUUGUCCCCCGUGCCAGCGGGGGGAACUACAAGGAAUUCAGUGCACUACUCCCCAACCGACAGGGCCUGAAAAAGGCCGACUGCUCCUUCUGGUCCAAGUACAUCCAGUCUCUGAAGGCGUCAGCAGAUGGAGCCACCAGUGGCCAGUCAGCAGGGAGUGAAGAGGAGGAAUUGGCCACUGACUCUGAGCUGAGAGAAGACCUCCUUAGCCUCCAGGAUCCUGGCUCCAAGAGCUAUAGCAAGUGAUCAGCACCUGGGACCUCCAUCCCUGCCAACUUCACCCAAGGCGACCCACCUUGCUCACCUUAUUCUCUAAAAUAUCCUCUUACUUUCAAUAAAGUGUCUAUAU